CCUCAGUUGUAAACAAAAACGGACAAUCACAACUUUCCUUUUCUGAGCUAGAACAUAAUAAAAACAAAAACUGGUUUAUCUCGUCAAUCAGAGUUUUUUAAAGUUACAGACGUGUGGUGGUCUUUCAUGAAGCGCCUGCUCACUGCCACAGGGAGACGCACUGUGGUGUUGUAGGCCUGCAGACACGAGUGCAGUCAACAUGUCGAGGAAACAGACGCACAAAUCUUUGCGGAGCAAUAAAAAGAGUGAAUUGGAGCGCAAGAGGGAUGAAAGGGCAGUCCGCCGGGCCAUCGCAAAAGACCGCAAGAACCGCCCUCAGGAUGGCGAUGAAGGUGCAGAGUUUGUCAGUUUCUCCAAUCAGCUGCAAGCACUGGGGCUCAAGCUGAGAGAAGUCCCUGGAGAUGGGAAUUGUCUGUUCAGAGCUCUAGGCGACCAGUUAGAGGGUCACUCCCGGGGCCACCUGCGUCUCCGCCAGGAAACUGUUGAUUAUAUGACAUCCCAUCGACAAGACUUUGAGCCCUUUGUUGAGGAUGAGGUUCCCUUUGCACAGCACUUGGCCAAUCUUUCUCAGCCUGGUACUUUUGCUGGCAACGAUGCCAUUGUGGCAUUUGCUCGCAGUCAACAGGUGAAAGUGGUUAUCCAUCAGCUCAACACUCCACUGUGGGAGAUCAAUGGUUCAGAGAAGCAGGUGUGCCGAGAGCUGCACAUUGCCUACCGCUAUGGAGACCAUUAUGACAGCGUGAGACGGAUAGGAGACAACUCUGAGAGUCCUGCUCAGCUCCGCAUAGAGAAUAUGCAGAAUUCACAUGGACAGCAGCGUGAGUUUGGGGACGGUCAGAGAGACAGGCACAAAAAGUCUUCUCCUACAGCGUCAGAGGAGGACAACGUGAUCCUGAGCUCCAUCAAGAAUCGAGCGAUCCAGGGUGAUGAGGAAAACUUACUCCAACUGAGUGCAGCGACAAUCAACGCCGAGUGGCUUGUUGGCUCUGCGGUGGGCCAGUCCUGCCAGGGCCAGUGUGCUUCUGGAUCCUGUUCAACCUGCAGAGCGGCAGCCGCUCACUGCAGUGAUCCCACCCAGACAGCAGAGGGCAGCAACGUUCAAAAAUCCAAGGUUGUGGAUGCAAGUUUCCUGCUAAUUAUUUGCAUUAUAAAGGAGCCUGUCUAG